AUGCCCAGCGCCACGGGCCAGAACUGGGAGAAGUACCAGAAGAAGUUCGCGGAUGAUGAGGAGGAAGAGAAGAAGAUCAUUCCACUGUCAGAAGAAGACAUUCAAGUUCUAAAAACCUAUGGGGCAGCACCUUAUGCGGCGCCUUUGAAGAAGCUCGAAAAGGAUAUCAAAGAUUUACAAACUAAGGUUAACGAGAAGAUUGGUGUAAAGGAAUCCGAUACGGGGCUAGCGCCGCCCCAUCUAUGGGAUGUCAUGGCCGAUAAGCAGCGUAUGUCUGAGGAACAACCUCUACAGGUCGCUCGGUGCACAAAAAUUAUUCAGUCUGCGGAUGACCCGGAGAAGGCGAAAUAUGUCAUCAAUGUUAAACAAAUUGCAAAGUUUGUGGUUAACUUGGGGGAGAGAGUGAGUCCAACUGAUAUUGAAGAAGGUAUGAGGGUGGGUGUGGAUCGCCAAAAGUAUCAGAUUUUGUUGCCACUUCCUCCAAGAAUCGAUCCUUCGGUUACGAUGAUGACCGUUGAGGAGAAGCCGGAUGUCACCUAUGGUGAUGUCGGUGGUUGUAAGGAGCAGAUUGAGAAGCUCCGUGAGGUUGUCGAGCUCCCACUUCUUUCUCCAGAGAGGUUCGUAAAUCUCGGUAUCGAUCCUCCGAAGGGUAUUUUGCUCUACGGACCCCCGGGAACUGGAAAGACUCUUUGUGCUCGUGCAGUUGCGAAUCGUACAGACGCUACCUUUAUCCGUGUCAUCGGUUCUGAGCUUGUACAGAAAUAUGUCGGUGAAGGCGCCCGUAUGGUCCGUGAGUUAUUCGAGAUGGCACGUACAAAGAAAGCGUGCAUCAUCUUCUUUGACGAAGUCGACGCUAUCGGUGGUGCCCGUUUUGAUGAUGGUGCUGGAGGCGACAAUGAAGUGCAGAGAACUAUGUUGGAGUUGAUUACUCAACUAGAUGGUUUCGACCCUAGGGGAAACAUUAAAGUUAUGUUUGCUACCAAUAGGCCCAGUACUCUUGAUCCGGCGUUGCUUAGGCCGGGACGUAUCGAUAGGAAAGUUGAGUUUAGCUUGCCUGAUUUGGAGGGCAGAGCGAACGUGUUGAGAAUUCACGCGAAAAGUAUGAGUGUCGAGAGGGACAUCAGAUGGGAGUUGAUUUCCAGAUUGUGUCCGAACAGUACCGGUGCUGAGUUGAGAAGUGUUUGCACAGAAGCUGGAAUGUUUGCUAUUCGUGCGAGACGAAAGGUCGCAACCGAGAAGGACUUUUUGUCUGCCGUUGAGAAGGUCAUCAAGGGCAAUCUCAAAUUCAACUCUACAGCUACCUACAUGCAAUACAAUUAG